CCAGACACCCGUGAGCCGAAGGGAGGUGGAGCUGCCCCAGGCUGCCUCUGCCAUGGACUCUGAGGUCAGCAAUGGCUCGGGCCUCCGGGAUGCGUAUGUCACAGACCUGCUGGUGUUCGGCUUCCUGCAAAACUGCUCCAAUGAGAGUUUCCACAAAGAGCUGGAGGUGCUGGGCCAUGAGCUGCCCGUGCGAGCCCACCUCUGGGAGGACCGAGAUGACGAGCUACAGACAGAUGGCAACCGUGCCAGCCGCCAUGGAGACCGGGUGGAAGCAGACUCGGAGAGCCAAGAGGAAGUCAUCCAGAACAUCGCCAGGCAUCUGGCCCGGAUCGGGGACAGCAUGGACCGCGGCAUCCCCCCGCGGCUGGUGCACAACCUGGCGGCGCAGCUCGGGGACGGGCGUCUGUCGGAGGAGGACAGGAGGAGGGACCUGACAGCAGCCCUGGAUCAGCUGAUGGAGACCCACCCCAUCGACAUGGAGAAGGAGAAAGCCAUGCUGAUGCUGGCCCUGCUGCUGGCCAAGAAGGUGGCCGACCACACGCCGGCCCUGCUCCGUGAUGUCUUUCGCACCACAGUCAACUUUAUCAACCAGAACCUACUCGCCUAUGUGAGGAGCUUAGCCAGAAACGACAUCUCCUAGAUGAGUGGAUGACAGCAGAAGCUUGACUGGCUAAAGCCGGAUGUGAUGACAGCAGUGGGGCUGCCUCCAGUGGAAACGGGGCCCUGGCCGUGUCAACAAAGCUCUUAGAGGAAGCCGGCACUGGAUUAUUAUAACAGCGAUUAUUUCUCUCUAUUUUAAAGACGAUGUUUUAAGCCAGUGGCCCAUCUGGAAAUUCCUACAUUAAUAUACUUGAAUGAAAACGUUGGCGGGCACAUGCCUGAAUGGGUUUAGUAUCACCUCUGAAACCUACACAUGGUGCCUCUUAUUUCAGCUGUACUGGUUUCCACUUGAAAAUUAAAUUUAAAAGCAGGUUUUAAGGCAGAAGGAAAAAAAACGCACUUCAUGUUUUUUGUAAAAAAAAAAAGAAUUACUGUUUAUUAAAGUACAACCUUGGGGAUGGUCUUACAGCAGGCAGUAUCCUGUGUGGGGAGAAGAAGGAAGGGUUGGAGAAGAAAUGCAGUAAAGGAAAAGUCCCACUCAAAAUAGGGAACAUCUUAACACAAAGGAAGUCGCAAACUUCCUGUUUAAAAACCAAAUGGCACAGAGGUUCUGAACUAAAGUACUGCACUCAAACAGUGGGAAAUUCCAGCCUCAAGACACAGGUGUUGGAUUUUUCCAGCAUGACCUCCUUCUGUUUGACUCAAGAGCCACAGGCAAUUAAAAGCCAUGAAAGUGAGGUAUGGGCCCAUGUCAACCACUGUUUCCAAAAUCAGGUAACUAAACGCAUUUUUUUUGCUUUAAAGUCUUCCUAAAAGUUUUAAGUUGAUGGUACCAGAAGCUACUGCUAAUAGCCUUAUACUUAUCAUUCCUAGUCAUACUCCUCCCACUGUGCCUCUGGGGAGAACAGGUGCAUACAAAUGAAAGAGCAGUGAGACUUUUAACAAUUCAACCCUGACGGCUCCCUUUCCUAGGGGCAUGGUCAAAACCAAGUCUCUUAGGUAAGGCCAAAAUAAACAAGGAAAGCCUAGUUUAGAAACAGUAUGACACUGGUCUGUUGUUUCCAGCUAUAAGCUAUUUUCCAGGAAUCUGUUUAAAAGUGUGACAGUGGAUAUGGGUCCACAUGUUACCUUUAAUAGGAAAGUUCUCUUGUGACUAAGGACAGGAUGCUUUGGGGGAAGUGUACCAACAAGGGUAAUGAUGUACUAAUAAAUAAUUUCUUGUUACCAAAAACA